GGAAAGGACAUCCUCAAUUAAUAAGAUCCAAGGUGCAACUUACAUAAUUAUUCUAAUUUUUAAGAAUGUUGGAGAGCAUGAAGCAUUUCUUUAAGUUGUGUGCGUUUUAGUGCCCUGGGAAGUGUCUUGACACAGAACCUGAGCUGGACAAAGCAGCCUUGAUCUGAGUGAGCUAACUGGCACCAUGAAAACAUUGAGUGUCUUUCUGCUCUUCUCUCUGGCUCUUUUCAGCAUUUUCUCAGGUGUCUUCAGUCAAGGAGGACAGGACAAAAGAGGCUGGAUGGCAAGAUCAAAGGGCCAACUGCCAGGGAAAGGAGUCUUAAGGAGGCGUCUCUCUCAUAUUGACUGUGGUGAGUUCCGGGAUCCCAAGGUCUACUGCACUCGGGAAUCUAACCCCCACUGUGGCUCUGAUGGCCAGACAUAUGGCAAUAAAUGUGCCUUCUGUAAGGCGAUGGUGAAAAGUGGCGGGAAGAUCAAUCUAAAACAUCAAGGAGAAUGCUGAAUUUUCUGCAGUGUUGGUGGUGACUUCUAGCCACUUCUUUUCUCACUUCUGUUUUUCUCGAAUGGGUCCCUUAAAUUUAUAAAGAUAUACUGUCUACACUGCACGGCUCUUGGGUAGUUCAAUAUACACCUACUUCCCUGGCUUUGCUUGUCAAUAAAGUAAAUUCUGUAGAAUCAU